GAUCUUAAUCACUACCUUUUGUUACACACCCUUUUUGUUUCUUGUUAGUUAAAUCAUAGUGAGAAAUCAGACUCAUGGGGAAGAUCAAGAUUGGAAUCAAUGGAUUUGGAAGGAUUGGUCGUUUGGUGGCAAGAGUGGCAUUGGAAAGAGAUGAUGUAGAGCUUGUUGCUGUUAAUGAUCCUUUCAUCACAACUGAUUACAUGACUUACAUGUUCAAGUAUGACACAGUUCAUGGAAUUUGGAAAAACCGUGAAAUUACAGUUAAGGAUAAUAAAACUCUUCUUUUUGGUGGUAGCCCUGUCACUGUUUUUGGUGUAAGGAAUCCUGAGGAAAUUCCAUGGGGUGAGGCUGGAGCUGAAUAUGUUGUUGAGUCUACCGGAGUUUUCACCGAUCAAGACAAGGCUGCUGCCCAUUUGAAGGGUGGUGCAAAGAAAGUGAUUAUUUCUGCACCUAGCAAGGAUGCACCAAUGUAUGUAGUUGGUGUAAAUGAAAAAGAGUACAAGAAAGAUAUUAAUAUUGUUUCUAAUGCUAGCUGCACUACCAACUGUCUUGCUCCACUUGCAAAGGUUGUUCAUGACAAAUUUGGUAUUGUUGAAGGUCUCAUGAGUACUAUUCACUCUAUUACUGCUACUCAAAAAACUGUGGAUGGACCAUCAAUGAAGGAUUGGAGAGGUGGCAGAGCUGCUUCUGUUAACAUAAUUCCUAGUAGUACUGGAGCUGCAAAGGCUGUUGGUAAGGUACUGCCAUCAUUGAACAAUAAAUUGACAGGAAUGUCAUUCAGAGUUCCAACCGUAGAUGUUUCAGUGGUUGAUCUUACUGUUAGACUUGAGAAAGGAGCAAGUUAUGAUGAAAUUAAAGCUGCAAUUAAGCAAGCAUCUGAGGGAGAAUUGAAGGGAAUCCUUGGUUACACAGAGGAUGAUGUUGUUUCUACUGAUUUUGUUGGUGAUAGCAGGUCAAGCAUAUUUGAUGCCAAGGCAGGAAUUUCUUUGAACAACAAUUUUGUGAAACUUGUCUCUUGGUAUGACAAUGAAUGGGGCUAUAGCUCACGUGUGAUCGACUUGAUCCGACACAUGGCCUCAGUUGCUUAAGCUGCAAGGAAUGUUUGGCAUAAAUCUAAUGCAAUGAUACUUCUAUCUUACAAAUCAAGCAUUUAGUAAAGUAGAUUUUGGGAAUAAGUUUGCUUCUGAUAAAUGAGGAGAAUAUUGGUCCACACAACAUAAUUCAUGUCUUGAUGCUUCUAUAUUUUGGAUUGGCUUUUGGCUUAUAUAUUAUUCUACAAGAAGUAUUUGGUUUCUUCUUAAGCAUAAUAUUAAGGUCUUUUUUUUUUUUUAUUAUUAUUGAUAUCUUCUUUUAUAGUUUUGAUUUAAUUUGGUGGCAUUUUGUUGCAACAUUAUAUUUUAAGAUGAAAUAUAAAACACUAUGGACAAUUUUGAUGAGUGUGGUCUAUGGUCGAAUACAAUUUAAUUAUCAACAUGUAAUUUGGCAAAAUAGUAAUAACGAAUACAAUGUUUUUGCUCUCU